GAUGCGGUGACGGCGAUAGACUAGGUACAUGUACGGAGUUAAAAGCUGAAAAACUAUUCAAUUUUUAUCAAAAUGGAGGGUGAACUAUGUCUCUAGUGUGGGUCAACUGUGAUAUCGAGCAACAUUUUGACGAAUUUCCACAUAUUUGAAGUGGAUUUCAUUGAAACAUGAAUUGGAAAGCUUUGUUCGGAUUAGCGAUCAGCUGUGUGCUGCUGUUGGCGCCGGCGAGGAUCCUAGCCUCAUCAGAGGCGGCGGCAGGGGGACACAACAAUGGGACAGAACGGUACAAACUGGUAGUGUUUGAUUUUGAGAGGGUGGAGCUACCCCUAGUCAUUUGUCUCUGGAUCCUGAUCGUGGCGUUAGCCAAAAUAGCAUUCCAUUUGAAUUCCAAGCUCCCUACAGUAAUUCCAGAGAGUUGUCUCCUCAUUGUCAUGGGCCUCAUUGUGGGGGCUCUUCUCCACUUCACCAACAUUGCAAACACAGACGAGUAUGUCCUGAAUGCAGACGUCUUCUUCAUCUACCUUCUUCCUCCCAUCAUCUUCGAUGCGGGCUACUUCAUGCCCGUGCGGGCAUUCUUUGAUAACCUGGGCACGAUCCUAUUGUUGGCCUUUAUCAACACCUGUAUCAGUGCUGGCCUCAUUGCUGCCUGCCUGUAUGGCAUCUCUCUCCUGGGCUGGUUCGGGAGGACUAUCAGCAUCUUGGACUGCUUCAUCUUCAGCAGCCUCAUUUCGGCUGUGGAUCCAGUCGCGGUCCUCUCUGUGUUUGAGGAAAUCCAUGUGAAUCAGAUGCUUUACAUCAUUGUGUUUGGUGAAUCACUGCUGAAUGAUGGUGUGACUGUGGUGCUGUACCACAUGUUUGAGGGAUUCAUUGAAAUCGGAGAGUCCAACAUCCAGUCCAUCGAUAUAGUAACGGGACUGGGUUCCUUCUUCAUCAUCGCGAUAGGAGGAACACUUAUCGGCAUUCUCUUUGGUUUCUUCGGAGGAUUCAUCACCAAGUAUACGGAGCAUGUUAAAGUCAUCGAACCUCUCUUUGUGUUUGUCAUCGGUUACCUAAUGUACCUCACUGCUGAAAUGUGUCACUUGUCCAGUAUACUGGCAUUAUCCUUUGGUGGCAUUGUACUGCGUCAUUACUUGGAAGCCAAUGUCUCGCGUUCCACUCGCACCAGCAUUCGCUACUUCAUGAAAAUGUUGGCCAAUAUCAGCGAGACCAUCAUCUUCAUGUUCCUAGGGCUGUCAGCUAUAGUGGACACUCUGGACUGGAACCUGUCUUUCAUCUUCUUUGCCCUUCUCUUCUGUCUGGUAUUUAGAGUCCUAGGAGUCAUGUUUUUAUCGUGGAUUCUAAAUCGGCGUCGCCUGGUGAAGCUGACUGGUAUUGACCAGUUCAUCAUGGCCUUUGGCGGACUUCGAGGUGGCAUUGCAUUCUGUUUAGCGCUCUCAUUGGAGGAAGAGCUAGUUCCGGAAAAGAAGCUCUUUGUGACGGCAACCAUUGUCAUCGUAUUUUUCACCGUGUUUGUGCAGGGAAUCUCCAUUAAACCUGUUGUAAAUGCCCUCAAAGUGAAAAAAGAAGGGGAUAAUGACCCAAAAAUGACAGAGAAAAUCCAAGAAUCUUUCAUUGACCAUAUAAUGGCAGGGAUGGAGGGAAUUACGAAGCAUUCCAGUCACAACCUGAUGCGUAUCAAAUUCCGGCAUUUUAAUCACAACUACCUGAAGCCCCUGUUCAACAAAGAAGUCCCCCAGACAAAGGCAAAGAAGGUGUUGGAGGUGUACCACACAAUCAGUGUCGCGGAAGCUCUUGACCAGAUCGGCAAUGAAGUGGACGUCAACCAGAAAAAGCCUCUUGUUAGCACAGGGGCUUCAAAUGUGUACAGAAGAACUCCGUCGGGCUUUGUAAACUCUGGUUUCCGUGGAGAGAGCAUGGCCAAUGAACAACUGGAAACUUCAAAUCAAAAUGAGUCUGGGUCAGUGAACACAGAGGGAUCUCCAGUUAUAUACAAGUGCGUGGAAGAUCCUGUUGUCAGUGAAACAGUGGUCAUGGAGAGACCCAGGACAUCCCCACCUGUGGGAGGGGGAAGCAAUACAGCAGAAAAAGGAACAGCCAAUGGUGAAGAUAGUGAAGAAUUUGAAAAUGUCACCAUUACAUUCAAACAGCCAUUGGACAAUGCUGUUGGAGUGGAACAGAACACGGGAAUUUCUGACUUCUCAUCUGAGAGUUUUUCCUACGGAGACACUAUGUCAGAACCAUCCACGAUCACCUAUGCAAACGAAGAGGAAACACCAAACACUGUCACACCAUUGGAACUUCCCUUACCUUGGAAGACGGCUUCCCAUCAUUCCAACAUUGAAACACAUGAUGUAGUCACCAAUAGUGAACUGCCCAAUGGUGAAUUGCCUAAGGCAAUGGAACAAGUUGGCACUGCAGCUGAAUCUUUUUUCCCGUGGAGAAAUUUCCCACGGGAUCCUAUUCCAUUUUCCACAUCCCUUGCUUACUCUGAUGACAGUGCCCCAGUGGUUGCAGAGGCCCCUACGUGGGUGAAUAACCUCUCGUACAGUCAUCUGAAGGAGUCGGGGUCUCCCUAUGCCUCCCCUGAAAUGACCUUAAUUCCAGUGUCCAGGCACAUGCAUACAUCGGUCUUUGACGUAUUCAAGACGGAUCAGAUUGGAAAGUGUCUGGAUGCCUGUGUUGCUAAGUUACAAACUGCUUUGGAUGAGACUGAUAGCAAGAGCCAUCAGUCUGGAGAUACUCUUCCACCUCCAUGGAGUCACCAUAAUGAUAGUGUGGAUGAUCUUCCAGUGCCAUCUAUGAUUGACAACUUUGGAGUCAAAAAUAAACUCCUCAUGUCCAAUCAUACUGCACCUCCUCCAUCCCAUCACGUCAUAUUACCUACAGUGCAUUUCUCAGGGGAAGGCUCUGUCUCGCAGAGUCACAGUGAUGAUGGGGAAACCCCCAGGCAAUUGAAAUCUCUACCUGGCUCUGCCUCAGCUCCCGAUCUGCCAAAACACUUUCAAUUGAUCGAGCCAAUGACGAAAUCCCGCCUCCAUUCCGAGUCCAUGUUGGAGGAUCUGGACUUCCAUGACCAAGCGGUAUCGCGCGUCAACGAAUGGCUGUCGGCCACUAUCAGCGAAGAAGACGGAAUCGUUAUACCGAUCCAUGUCCCCACCCCUGAGCUCUCCAGUGACAAUGACGCGGACUGUAGCAGCGAGGGGGAGGGAGAUGAUGAUGAAGGGUGGGACUUUGAUAGGGACGACUUAUGAUGACCGCCCUCAUUCUAGUCUACAAUACUCAAUUGUCUUUCCACAUGUUUAUAUGGACACCUAUUGUGUAUUGCUAGUCGAUGUGUGUCUAGUGAUUGAUAACUGUUUUGUUUGAUUUUCUUUUUUAAUCAAAUGGAGGACUUUCAUCAACUCUUUAGAGCAAUACUGCCUCGUACAUGUAUACAUUUAUAGAGGAUGAGCUUCACUCAUCUUUUUAUUCCAUUCAAUUCAUUGAAUAUCAGUCUCUUCAAAGUGACUAUUGACAAUUAAACAUAUUCAUUAAACAUGAACUUAUUAAUAGGUAUUAUAGUAAAUGAAAAUGCAGGGAAAUUUCUUUGAAAUUUGCUUUCAUGGUUGAAAUUUCAGUCGAUGAAUUUCGAACAUUAUUGACAUUGGAAUGACAAGCCAAAUAUAUUACCUCCUAAAAAUAUAAUAAUUAAUUUUGAAACUUUGAUCUCAGGUUGUUUGAAGUAUAUUGUUUGAAGUAAAAUUAUCUUGUUAAUAUCUGUGCAUAUUAUCAGUGAUUCAUCAUGUCCACAUUAUGAUAAAAACAGCCUAAAAUCUGGGCUUCUCAUUAACUAUGCUGUCUACAAAAUUCCUUUCUAUGAAAGGACCCUUCAAAAAUAUGUAUACAUUUUUGUUCAUUUCUUGAUAACUGAACAUGAACAUUAUCUCCUUAAUAAUUUUGAGUGAAGAAAUAAGUGCAAUAACAAACAUCGUCCCGAGGUGAAAAAUGAAGUAUUAAUAUAUAUUUCAAGAUGAAAUUGCAUUUAAUAUUUAUGACAUAUCAUGACAGCAUUUCUGCAUUAAUAUUAUUGAUAUGAAAUUGUGGUGAUGUAUUAAAGUAAAAAAUUGUGUAUGUAUGAUCAAAGGUAGAUGUUCAAGAAUUUCUUCCUAGUAUUAUACAUUGACUGAAGAUUGAAUAAAAAAUAAUAAAUAAAUAUUAAAUAUUUUC